CUUACCAAAGCCGGCCAUAUUAUGCCGCUAAUACGGGCUCUUACAGCGCUUCAUUAAGGCCACUCGCGCUACCUUUUCUAAAAACAAGUUGUUGUUCGAGGUGGGCAUCGGGGCAAAGGUGGCUCGAUAUGUGUCGCUUAAUACUAUUUGCCGGCUCUUGUACCCAGUGCGGAGGGGAGUUCUCCUGGGAUGAACUUGCUCAGCAACUGCCAUGUCUCGAGGCAAAGAACAGUGGCAUGUUUGGGGAAUGUCGCAAUGGCGUCAACAUGGACCAACACACAUUCGACCAGGAGUGUGAUUCAUGUCUAGAAGCGGGGGGCGGGGAGGGCUAUGGCGACACGCAAACGAAUAACAAAAAGGGCGACGACAGAGGAAAGAAGCGGCAACGCACUGGAUGAUGGAUAUUAGAUGGCAUUGGAUGGCAUUGGAAAAGAGUAGCAUGGAUGGAUUGGGCGGUAUUAUGAUUUCUGUUUCUUUUGAUACCAGUUAUAAGAGCUCCAACGUUGAGCUUGGAUAUGAGGGAGAUUCC